AUGAAGUGGCACAUAAGUGUGUUAUCACUUAUUAGUUGCUCUGUGAUCCUUGUUUGUGCUGAAAGUAACGAGUGUCCUGAUAGUAAGGCUGUUUGUCCUGAAGCCACCACUUGUUGCCAGUUGAAUAACAACACGUUUGGUUGCUGCCCUGUUGAAAAUGCAGUCUGCUGCAAGGAUUCCAUGCACUGUUGCCCUGUUGGAUAUUCCUGUGAUAUAGAGAAAGGUGUUUGUAAGCUGGAAGGCAAGUCUGUGCCUUUGUUGGAGAAGGUCCCUUCAACGCCAGUUUCUGUAAGUUACAGUGGUGUACCUCUGCAUAGUGCGAGUGUGUUCCUCACUAAGCCAAAAUUGUAUCUACAUGUAGCUGGUAUUUAGGCUUACUUACAAACUUUCAACUGAGAUUAACAGGCUGAUUGAAUACCUUCGCAGGGCCUUCGGUAAAUAACAGCUUUUGUAUUAAUGUAAGGCCAUUUGCUUUUCUUUUUAUUUUCCUCAUACUUGUGAGGUGUUCUGUUAAUUACCCUGCUCCGUCCUCCCUUUGGUAAGUAAAACAGUAGUGUGACGGUGCCUGCCUUGGGUAGAUGCCACUUAUAGGGUUGUUAUGGGUAUGCCAUACACUUAAACACUUGGCUGCAGUUCUUAGGGUUGGAUCCACCAACUUCUUGGACACCUCGCUCUGCAUUCAUCUUUAGUUUGACAAAAAAUUGAGUCAAAACAUCAACGAAUCACCCUGGUCUAGGUCACAAGUUAUAAAUUUGUCUGUUUAAUGAAAAGGUACCUCCUUAGUGAUUAUGUUAUUUCAUGUCAAAGUAAGUAUAAGUAGCAAAGUCAAAUCCCUGAGAGGUAGCAUUUCAAGGGGGAUGGCCACUCCCUUAAUGCAGACAUGUCUUGAAGAUGGACUCUAGAGUUAAAGUUUUGGCUUGGUCACCAUUUGGCAACCAACUCUUUUGGUUUAAGGAGUCUUUCUACAAAUCAAGUCACCAGUUGCAAAAUUGUAGGCGCCAUGGCGACCAAAAUGGUCGCAACUUGGAGGGUUGUCCUGUGGUAUCCAUCUGUCUUGGAAUUAGUCGCUAAUCCUAGGGGUGUCUCAUUCCCUUGCCCCCUACCCCUGAUUUGUAAUGUGAAUAUAGGGCCCUCCAUAAAAUUAUGACAUUGUGAAACUGAUAAUAAUGGGAAGUUUUUUAAUGGUGUUCAGUCAGUGCAGAAAGGUAUUAUUACAGCAUGACUAGCUUACGAAAGAUUAAGGGAAUCAUCUGACAGGAAUAUUACUACAGUGAUUAAAAAAAAAACUGCUACUUUUGUUAGUUUUGAGGGAGAGAUUCACAGGGAGUUCUUUUUCAAACCUGAGAGUUUCUCAGCAGGACCUGUGGUCUGUGUUACUGACGGUUUAAGUCACAGGAGUGACUAUUACCAAUAUUGUUUCUCCUGCAUGUUCAUACAUAAUAAUAAUACUGAAACAUAAUCAACGUAAAAGGUAUGAGAACUAAUGAGGAUUGCCUUGAGGAAAUUUGAUCAAUAAAAAACAAAUUACAUUUACGGAGAUCAGUCUGGAGAAUUUGUUUGUGGAACAUGAUGUUUUCAUGCGUGAAAAUAACAUGUUAUCUCUCCGUGUGUGAAAGAUCACCAUUUCCAGGUGCGGAUCUAGGAUAAAUACUGACCGAUUUCCUACUUCUACGGAGGUCUGGGGCAUGCUCCCCCGGGAAUUUUUUUUGGAUUUUAACUCCCCAAAGUCCCCUUUUCUGGGUUUCUGAGUCAUUCAGACAGGAAAUUUACUGACCGUACAAACCAUUUUCCAGAUUUUAACUUGGAAAGUUUAAAGUUUUUUUACUUUAAAUAUAGUUAUAAUGAAAAAUCUGACCGAUUUCUGUAAAACGGUGGAAACCGGUAUGGAUCCGCGCCUGAUUUCUGUGGCUACAUGAUACAAAGUAAAUUGUGCCUUUUGCAGCAGAAAGAAAUAUUCCAGUGAAAUGGUUGGGCAGUUCAGUGGUGUUCAUAUAAUGAAAAGAACAUUACAUGGCCACUCUGAGGUUCAAAAUUUCUCUUCUCAUGUGCAAGAAUAAUAUUAUUUCACUCAUUCACUGCACUCACUCAAAAAAAAAUUUUGAACACUCAAAAUGAAAUUUCCUAUCUCCAUGCAGCCUUGUUAUAUCCUCUUAACCUAUUUUUUGUGUCAUUUCGUUUUAUUUCAGAAUGAGGUUGUUCUAUCAAGUGUGAGUGUUUGUCCUGGUGGUGAACAUCAAUGCCCCGUGGACCACUCCUGUUGUCCCAUACUUGGCAGUAGUCAUUUCCACUGUUGUCCUUCUGGAUAUUCUUGUGAUCAGGGUGUUUGCCAAGAAGCAAAGCCAGAAUUUCCUGCGGCGGUAUUAAACAAAUUCUCAGCCAAAGUUGUCAAAUGUGACAAAAAGCUUGCUUGCCCAGACAGGUAAUUUACUAGUACAGUGUAAAUGUGGAUACUGAGUUCAGUUUAAGGGCCAAGAGUGCAUGCUCAAAGACAGUUAAAAAUUACAAAUAUGAUUGUUAUAAAUAAAUAAAUAAGACUUUAAUGGCAUUCACAAUUACUGGUUAGCCCAGUAUUAUUGUUAUUACAAUAACAUCAACCAGUACUGCUAAUGACAUGCGACAAAAAUUGACUUUACACAUGAAUUUUUGAACUGUGGAUAAAGAUACGAACUUUGACACGGUUAUAUCAUAUCUUUAUGGAUUCCUUAGUUCAAAAGUAUGAUUAAUUUUGACAUGUCAUUUCCACCAGUGUUAUGAACUCACAAUGGCAUGGAACCCGUUUCUCGAAAGUCCCGUUAAAUAACGGGCCCGGUGAGGUGUUGCCGUUUACAUUAAAGAUCGAGGUUUCAAUAGUUUUGCAGCUAGCAUGAUAAAACUGUCAGUUAAUGAAACAAAAUGGAGUAGUUUGCUAGCCAGGACCCACGCUCUUCUUCUUUAUAUUUCGAUUUGAACAUUUGAUUUCGGGCCCGAAAAGUUACCGGGACUUUUAAGAAACGGGCCCCUGGUCUCCAAUAAGCUCGAGUAGCUCACUGGAUAGAGCGUUACGGCCAGGGUUCAAUUCCUGCUCAAGCCUGAAUUUUUUCUUCUUUUUUUUUUUUCGUUUUCAGCCACCUAGGUUUUUCAUUCAACUGCGAGGAUCAUGUUCACUUUCAUAACAAUUGACUUUCAACUUGUAAAUUGACUUAACUUUUGAUCAGUUCCAAUUGAUCCUUUCAUCCCCCCAGCUCUCUGUAGCUAUCCUGUCGUGCUUGAAAUUCAACAUUGCCUGGGUAAGAGGUGGAAAUAACCUGUCUUACUAUUAUCUUUUGGAGUCCCAAGACUUUUGACAUCCAUUGUAGGACAAGGACAGGAUCAUUUGUAUCACGAUAACUGCUUCAAACUGUAGGGGAGGACCGGAGAAUCAUAUUUGGGCGGGAACUGAAAGAUUUCUGGGGGUGUACUGAAGGGAAGUAUUAAUCGGGGCGUGCCGCCAAGCUCUUCAAACUCUGACCCUGUUUGAGGCAAAAUAUAUUCAGUUAAGUGAAUACACCUUGUUUAAGACAAGAGACUAUAAUUUUUAGUGGCCUAAAUAUAACACCAUGUUUUUUUUCUUCGUCUUUCUUCUCGUUGAGUUAUUGUGUUUUAGCUUUUUCAGUUAUAAACAUGCGUAUCUCACUGCGUUUGCGUGUGCAUUGUUGGUUUGAACAUGUUUUAAGCUUUCGUUUACUUUUACUUUUGCACCGCUAGUGCACCAUUGCCACGGAUCGAUGCACUCUGUAGAGAACACGUGCCGUUAACUACAAAUACAAACAAUUGAGAAUUUCCCGAAAUCGGAAUCGAAAAUUUGAAGUUUAACAUUGAAACAACAAAAAUCACUCUCGUAACAGCACAGUAAAGCAGUACCCGAGAACAAAUUUUCUUUGGUUGAAAUUUCUAGGUGGCAACAGUCUGUGCCGUUAAGCUAAUGCCUUUCUAGCUAUACUACUAUGUGUGUAUGUGUUUAUCUUGUAUUACUGGGCUGCCCCUUUCAGGGCCGCACAGUUAUAAAUUCCGUUUUCGGUUGUCUGUGCAGAAAAACAGUCUCCCGGAGGAGGGAAGACAUGAGGGUCUGGUACCGAGAACGAUGUUUUCAGAAGUGGUUUCAUACGAUUUUCCCUCGCACGUACCCUUGCACGAAUAUUUUUGGUACCUCUCCUCCGCUCUCCCAGAAACACAGAAGGCGUUGCGAGUCAAGAAGGCUAUUUGCGUUGUUCGAAGCGAUUCGAUCAUAGGAGUCACUUAACGAGUUUUGUCAUUGUUCGAGUUUAAGUCAGUUGAUAUGUUGGCGCUGGGAAACUCGGAGAAACCGCACGCCGUUCACGGUAGGCUCACACUAAAAGAUGACUGUGAGCGUCAGUUUUGGAACGCAGGGGCCGUUUCGUGAACUCAAAGAGAGAACUAUCGAUCUUUGCAGUGCAUGAGCAAUUAAUAAGCACAAUUUAUUGAUGUCACCAUUAGCGAGUUUCAAAAAAGCCUUGAAAAUUUUUCAGCCCGCGUGAUGUUCUUGGUACCAUUUUAUGGCGAUGGGGACUGCUAAAGCCACCGCAAAAAGGAAAUUAAAAAAAAGCCUAUAGAUCGAUUUAUCUCUAAACAUAAUACACAUGACUUACACGGCCUUUACGUUCCUAAAGGUAUUUUGAAUUCGAACGAACACAGUAAAUGUGAGGGGCAAAAACAGUAUUAAUAUGAACUAGAAGUUCUCAUUUGAGAAGGUAAGUGCUGCCGUUAGUUGCGUUGCGAAUAGGACAAGGGCAGUAUGUAGAACAGUUGAACAUAUGAAUUUUUAAGUUAGACUUGUUGGAAUUAUGAAACACUCAGAGCGAAAUAUAAAAAAUGAACCGAUCACAAUGACAAAUAUGCUUACAUUCAGAUAACUCAUUUCAAUAUGAUUUUGUAAUUCAUUUUAAUAAUUCACUAAAUUCUUAAACAACAGCAGUGCUGAUAGGCGGUUUCGUCAUCGAAUAAUCAUCGCACAAUUAACGAGAAGAGUUGAGACCAAAUAACGUAAAGGCCAAAACUUGUUUAUUCACGGGUCAGGUAGACGUACAGCACAUGCCGUUCACUUAUUUAACUUACAAUACUGAUUCCCGAGAUAACAGUCUGUGUGACAAAAGAAUAAUGUACUCGCUAUAACUAAUCUUGAAACCUAGAAUAAAAAAAAAUAAACCGGGAAAAAAAAUGGUUCCGUACAAUGCUUCUUGAACUGUUCUUACCGUUUAGGAUGUUAAAAGGGCAGCAAACAUCCGAUGGACUACGAUUUCUGGCGUCCUGAUCUUAUUUACGUACCGGGAACAAAACAAAAUGGCGGGUUACUCCUAAGAGAAACACAUGCGCGGCAGCUACGCACUUGCUUAAACAAACCGCUGACUGCUCAGCGCUGCAGUCACAGAUUGAUUGAACAUCGAACCAUUGAACCAAAAAUCUCAUAUCGCUGAAGAAUAUGGUCUGCUGCCGGCUGAUGCCCCGCAGCAAUGAACCAUAGGUUUUCAUUAAUGUAAGGGUCAUGGAGCUAAGGAGGUAUCGUGGCCGAGAGAUCAGCGCAUCGGACUCGCAAUCCGGCGGUCCCGGGUUCAACUCCCGCUCCGGCCACUUGCUGGAUUUUUUCUCGGUUUCCCGAGUCCAAAUGUUUGACCACGCUUAUAAAUAACCAACUGGUUGCCUCCUGCCAGUUGGGGUUUUUAAUCCUGUUAUGUUAUAUUUGAAUUAUUUGUUUCUAAGUAUCUGAGUGGAGUGCCUGUAAACUAGCUAAAUAAGCUAAGUGCACUUUCCACUAAAAACAAGCCUUUAAACCUCCUUUUUAUUGUGCAUUGAGAUGAAUCGCUUACAAAGAGAGAGUUCGUGCACAUGUGAUCAGAAGUAAACAAGGGUACAUGGUGCGUUUCGUUCAGUCUUUUUAUUAUCCAAUGACUCUAAAUGGUGUUUCCAUAUUGUUUAGCUUGCCCAGAACUUCGGAGGAGUUAUAAAGCGGCAUGAUUUUCUUCCAUGAAUAAAAGUUUGAAGUCACGGUGAGACGAAAGGCAAACUCGAGCGAAUUUUGAACUUUAAUUAAUUUAAUUUAGUAUCACAGUAAAAAAUAUGUUAUCGAUCGUUUCAUCUAUUUUUACAUUGUUUAAAGUGCGUGCCGUUGAAAGCAACAUAGGUCACAAAUGCAAAAGAUUUUAUUAUUUUAAGUUAGAGAAAAAUACCAAGAGAAAAAUCUUAAAACUGAAUAUAUUUUAUCUCAUGGAAAAAAUAAUGCGUUUAACAUGAAAACGGUUUUCAUGUAGACUUUAGACCGCAAAUUAGGAUCGUGUCAGUGUAAUCCAGGAGGCCUCUGGAUUGGGAUCAAUGGGCAGUUGGCUGUCUGUUUUAGUAAACUACUCGUUUUCAUACAAUACAAUAUAGUGACUUCGCCUUUUGACGAGUCUCGUUAGUCAUAAUUUGUUGUUGGCAUAUUACCGGUUUGGGUCUAAAAGCUACAUUACCGCCUUUUUUACACUUGGGUCUAAAUGAUAUUACGGAUAGAAGCUUUAUUAUGCUUGCGCUCAAAACGUUAUUUCGGAUGGGACCUUGUUACGCUUGGGUCCAAAUUAUAUUACAGAUGGGACCUUUAUUACACUUGGGUCCAGUUAUUACACUUGUGCCUUCUACAACUUCCAUCAAACUGUUUAUAAGCUGACUGAAUUAUUUUCACUUGCUAGGUACACCUGCUGUAAGGCAGACCAAGGGUACUUGUGUUGUCCAUUAGAAGAAGCUGUGUGUUGCGCUGAUCACAAACAUUGCUGCCCUCGAGGAUAUACAUGCUCCCCCGACGGGAAGGGUUGUUCAUCAGGGGCUCACAGCAUUCUGGCACUCUCCACAACACUGCCCACAACCUCUAUAAAAGGCGUGAAAAGACUCCUGCAACUGAUUACAAGGACAUUUUCUGAGGAGCUUCAGUCUCGUACCUUUAGGCACCAAGUGAAUAAUGUCGUUUGUCCUGAUGGUCAAUCAGAGUGUGCAGAUGACACCACAUGCUGCAAACUGUCUUCAGGUCAGUGGGGUUGUUGUCCACUUCCCCAAGCUGUUUGCUGUAGUGAUGGAGAGCAUUGCUGCCCAAACGGAUAUACCUGUGAUGUUGCAGAAGGAACGUGUACAAAAGGCGACAAGACUGCAAUACCAAUGUCGAAGAAGAUCCCAGCAUUGAAGAGAAUAAUCAAAGCGAAUAAUGUUGUUUGUCCUGAUGGUCAAUCAAAAUGCCCAGAUGGCAUGACGUGUUGCAAAUUGUCUUCAGGCCAGUGGGGUUGUUGUCCUCUUCCAAAAGCUGUUUGCUGUAGUGAUGGAGUGCAUUGCUGUCCAAACGGGUACACCUGUGAUGUUGCAGAAGGAACGUGCACCAAAGGAGACACAACUUCUCUACCAGUUUCAAUAAAGGUCCAAGCAUUGAAAAGAAUAAUAAAAUCGAAUAGUGUCGUUUGUCCCGAUGGUAAAUCACAGUGCCCAGAUGACAACACAUGUUGCAAACUGUCUUCAGGCCAGUGGGGUUGUUGUCCUUUGCCAAGAGCUGUUUGUUGUAGUGAUGGAGAGCACUGCUGUCCAAACGGAUAUACCUGUGAUGUUGCAGAAGGAAAGUGUACCAAAGGAGACAAGACUAAAAUACCAGAGUCAAAGAAUAUCCAAGCUUUAAAGAAAAUAGUUAAAGCAAAAAUUGUCGUUUGUCCUGAUGGUCAAUCAGAGUGUCCAGAGGGCAGCACGUGCUGCAAACUAUCUUCCGGCCAGUGGGGUUGUUGCCCUCUUCCAGAAGCUGUUUGCUGUAGCGAUGGAGUGCAUUGCUGUCCAAACGGGUACACCUGUGAUGUUACAGAAGGAACGUGUACUCAAGGAGACAAGACCGUAAUACAAUUGUCAAAAAAGAUCCCAGCAUUUAAGAGAAUAACCAAAGGAAAUAGUGUUGUUUGUCCUGAUGGUCAAUCAGAAUGCCCAGAUGGCAUGACCUGUUGCAAAUUGUCUUCUGGCCAGUGGGGUUGUUGCCCUUAUCCAAAAGCUGUUUGCUGUAGCGAUGGAGAGCAUUGUUGUCCAAACGGAUAUACCUGUGAUGUUGCAGAAGGAACGUGUACAAAAGGAGAGAAGACUGCUAUACCAGUGUCGAAGAAGAUCCCAGCAUUGAAGAGAAUAAUCAAAGCGAAUAAUGUUGUUUGUCCUGAUGGUCAAUCACAAUGCCCAGAUGGCAUGACCUGUUGCAAAUUGCCUUCAGGCCAGUGGGGUUGUUGCCCUCUUCCAGAAGCUGUUUGCUGUAGCGAUGGAGUGCAUUGCUGUCCAAACGGGUACACCUGUGAUGUUACAGAAGGAACGUGUACUCAAGGAGACAAGACCGUAAUACAAUUGUCAAAAAAGAUCCCAGCAUUUAAGAGAAUAACCAAAGGAAAUAGUGUUGUUUGUCCUGAUGGUCAAUCAGAAUGCCCAGAUGGCAUGACCUGUUGCAAAUUGUCUUCUGGCCAGUGGGGUUGUUGCCCUUAUCCAAAAGCUGUUUGUUGUAGCGAUGGAGAGCAUUGUUGUCCAAACGGAUAUACCUGUGAUGUUGCAGAAGGAAAGUGUACCAAAGGAGACAAGACUAAAAUACCAGAGUCAAAGAAUAUCCAAGCACUUAAAAGAAUAAUCAAAGCGAAUACCGUCGUUUGUCCUGAUGGUCAAUCAGAGUGUCCAAAUGGCAACACAUGUUGCAAACUAUUCUCGGGCAGGUGGGGUUGUUGUCCUCUACCAAAAGCUGUUUGCUGUAGCGAUGGAGAGCAUUGUUGCCCAAACGGAUAUACCUGUGAUGUUGAAGCUGGAACUUGUAAUAAAGGAAGCAAGACGAGAAUAGGAAUGUUAACGAAGAUUCCAGCAAUUAAGAAAAUAACAGUAGUGGAUACUGUUAUGUGCCCUGAUGGUGAAUCUCAGUGCCCAGAUGACAACACAUGUUGUAAACUAUCUUCAGGCCAGUGGGGUUGUUGUCCUUUACCAAAAGCUGUAUGCUGUAGCGAUGGUGAGCAUUGCUGUCCAAACGGGUACACCUGUGAUGUUGCAUUAGGAACUUGCACCAAAGGAGACAAAGAUGUCACCGACCACCUAGUAGUUCAACCUUCAAAGAGAGUCAGUUAUGACGUGAAAACUGUGUUUUGUAAUGAUGGUGAGACUGAGUGUCCUAACGGCUACACUUGCUGUAGGGAUAUUUCUGGGGGCUAUUCCUGCUGUCAUUUAGACCAAGCCGUAUGUUGUAGCGACAAGGUGCACUGCUGCCCUAUGGGAUCUACAUGUACCUCUAAUGGUACGUGUCAGGAGAGUAGCAGUGGGCUUGUGCAAAAAAUGAUUACCUUGGUGAAAUCACCAGCUCGACCAGUUUCCGACUCUUCAGGCUCCGUACUUUGUCCCGACAAAAAGCACGAAUGUGCCAAUGGAAGCACAUGUUGCAAGCUGCAUUCUGGAUUGUAUGGCUGUUGUCCAGUCUCGCACGCCGUUUGCUGUAGUGACGAUAAACAUUGCUGUCCUGGAGGAUACACGUGUGAUGUGGAGAAAGGUGAAUUAAGCGUUCCUAGGAAUAAUAAAAUGUUAAUUUGUUUUUGUGAAUGGUAACCUUGGUACCGGCACGUUUUACACGUGUACGGCGAUCGAGUGCGGCGGAGUUCUCUCGGGGUCGGCCUUCGUGGCUCGAAGCCACAAAAAACAGAAGCCGCGCAUGAAAAGUCUGUGGCACGCAGGGUAAUAAGGGUUUCAAUGCAACGGUCUUCGAAGCGGCGAAGAGAAGUCAAUCGAGGUGGUCAGGUGGUCACACUACAGGAUUUCAUCCACAUACACAAAAGUUAGAACUACAUACUAAAUAAAUACAGUCACUGAACUCUCUCGUUAGGGACCACCCUCGGAGCAAGACAAAGUGGUCGCUCAAGGGAGGUGGUUUUCGAAGGGAAAAAUCAAGAGAACAAGCUCAAACUGACCCGAUAAACAUAAGUUAUUACCUUAAAAGCUAAAACUUAGCCAACUGGCAAUAAUCUUAUACAUCGAAUAGCUCUUGACACCGUUCAAACCUCCGGGAGGUGGCCGCUUACGAGAAGUGUUCACUAUGAGAGGGUAGACUGUAUAACCAUAUGAAAGUGCUGCUGAAGAGAUUUCACUUCAAUGAUCACACUAUUGGAUUUCACGCACAGACUCUUACGUUCAUAAUUAGAUACUAAAUUAAUAUGCAGUACUCAGGGUUGUCAAAACGUUUUCAAGUAGCAGGCUGAUAAUGAUUAGUAGGCGGCUUUGGAACUCGCACCAAAGGCACAAGUUCUUGAGGGGCGAGGCAUCUAGGGACAUUUUGAAAUUUAGAGUCUUAGAAAUGGCAUUUCCAGGGUUUUCAAGAGGUAUUUUUCACCGGGGAUGCUAUGUUCUUUCGUCAGAAUACACGCAAGACAGUGGGAGGGGGAUUACAUUUUCCUCUAAGCAAAACUCAUUCAGGGUGGAGAUGGUCAAAACACUGAUCGUCGCUUCAUUGAUUCUAAUCGGUUGCACAAAGGUAACAUAAAAAACUUGCAUGUUGUUUCAGUGACGUCUAAUAUUGUUCAGACUGCAUUUAAAGGUUUUCUAUCGCUUCCUACAAUUGAUGUCCACAUGCAAAAAACUAGAUGCGUUCACUUGGUCAUACUUCACAGUUGCAAAUCUCGUGCUACAUUCAGAAUUAACUAAAUCUUUAUGCAUGCUUUGUUUCUUGUGUUGAAGGUACCUGCGACAGAUAUGGUGACCAAGUCAGCUUGUCAGAAAUUAUUCCAUUUACCAGAGCCAGCACAGGUAACUUCAUGUCAAGUCUGGUUUUCACACAAUCGCCUCAACCCUAUUUUCCCUUCCCAAUUAGAGUUACAAUAGCAGGGGACGGUUUGGGGAUGUCUUUAAGAAUCUAUUGCCGAUUAGGGUACAGGAUAAACACGAAAUAUUUAUUUAGCAGUUACGUUUCGGCUUUGCGCAUUUGGUCGAUUACCAGUCACAUUGGUCAUGUUCUGAAGGCUUCAGUCACAGCUUUUUUUUUUCUUCUUGGGCAAUUUUUCGGUCAUGAUCGUUCCGCACACUUGUGGUUUACGUGGGAAUCAUUUGCACCAACCCUCAAGUUUUUGCCUUGUUAACCAAUGUCUAUUUAUCGUUUUUGUUUGUUUGUUAUUUUUCUGUCCUAACAGAAACUUACGUGGACUGUCCGGAUGGCUCACAAUGUCUGGAUUAUGAGACUUGUUGUAUGAUGGACACAGGCCACUAUGGCUGCUGUCCGCUUCCAAAAGCUGUUUGCUGUAGUGACGAGGAACAUUGCUGCCCUGAAGGAUACAGGUGAUCAUACUAUUGAAUGUUAAUUUAUUUUACCUUGGCCCCUAUACUUUCAAGGGAGAGUAUGAGAGGUGGCUUUUUGCACAAGUGGGCGAUUUAUCGAAGACAACGCAAUGUGAAAUGAGGUCGCGAAAGCGCGCGGAAAUUAAUGCGGAACGCCACGUCCCGUUCUCAAUUUGCUGUUCUAUCAUUGGUAAUUUUUGAUGACUCACGGGUAACGCAUUUAUCGCUUUGAUUCAAAGUACUGUAUAUUUUUGUCGUGAUAGCGAAGCACGCGCAGCGGAGCACCAAGGGGUAAAAAAAUUUGGCUAUCUAUGCAUCCAAGAAAUUUUGGCUCUGAGAAAAUCGUGCGUGCGUACGUCCACCCAUUCAUGUAAGCCGGGGAUGAAAUUUCGCAUUUCAAGUACCCGCGCGUUUCGGCGGUAAAUCGCGAAGCCACCCGGACUUUGAGAGAGAAAAACUACAACAACAACAAAGCCGCGCUNUUUUUGUUUGUUUGUUAUUUUUCUGUCCUAACAGAAACUUACGUGGACUGUCCGGAUGGCUCACAAUGUCUGGAUUAUGAGACUUGUUGUAUGAUGGACACAGGCCACUAUGGCUGCUGUCCGCUUCCAAAAGCUGUUUGCUGUAGUGACGAGGAACAUUGCUGCCCUGAAGGAUACAGGUGAUCAUACUAUUGAAUGUUAAUUUAUUUUACCUUGGCCCCUAUACUUUCAAGGGAGAGUAUGAGAGGUGGCUUUUUGCACAAGUGGGCGAUUUAUCGAAGACAACGCAAUGUGAAAUGAGGUCGCGAAAGCGCGCGGAAAUUAAUGCGGAACGCCACGUCCCGUUCUCAAUUUGCUGUUCUAUCAUUGGUAAUUUUUGAUGACUCACGGGUAACGCAUUUAUCGCUUUGAUUCAAAGUACUGUAUAUUUUUGUCGUGAUAGCGAAGCACGCGCAGCGGAGCACCAAGGGGUAAAAAAAUUUGGCUAUCUAUGCAUCCAAGAAAUUUUGGCUCUGAGAAAAUCGUGCGUGCGUACGUCCACCCAUUCAUGUAAGCCGGGGAUGAAAUUUCGCAUUUCAAGUACCCGCGCGUUUCGGCGGUAAAUCGCGAAGCCACCCGGACUUUGAGAGAGAAAAACUACAACAACAACAAAGCCGCGCUUCUCUUUCGACUAAAUUAUAGUGUCUACAUUGACGUGGACAACAGAAAAAGAGCUAAAGCGAAAGAUAAAGAACGAAGGUGACCAAUUUCGUUGGAGAAAAAAACUUGUAAAUUUUAUAGCGGUGGUGAGAAAACGAGAAAUGCUAGCGGUCACCGAGGUGAAAGUGAGCGGCAGUGAAAAAAAAAAAAAGAAAAGCGAACAGGAACACAUGCGAUAUCUCCUCCAUAAAACGUGUAACAAGGAAGUUUCUGGAAGUUUCACGAUGUAGUCGUGCAAAACAAAGGCAAAGAAAUAUACAAAAAAGUGUGCUGCAAGUGCAAAGUUAUUUUUUGCUAAUUACAUGCACCUAUCGAUAUUUUAACCGUUUUCGUUGCCGUCGCCGCUUUGCAUUACACGAUUUUAUAUUUUGUUUGAGUAAACUAUAAAUAUUAACGAGAGCUUUGCUCUUAGCCCUGGCUAAAUCUAUAUAUUAGAGAAGCGGAAUGGAUUCUGGGAUCGCAUUCGGAGUGCCCUAGCAUAAGCAAAGACGUUUUGAGCGACUCACGUCAACCGGAAGUGGACAUUUUGAAUUAUCAGCCAGUGGUUUUGCCCACAUGUUUGGUCAAAUACGCCGUAUAAAAGUAAAGUUUCUAAUUAAAGGAGCUGUGUCACGAAAUUCAGCCAAAUUAGGAUGUUACAAAAUGCCUCGUUAAAUUAAGAGAAACACAAAAAUAACCGCUUAAAACUUUAAAGGAAGGUUAAAUUAACAUAACAGAAACAACAGAUGCCGCGGAUGGGCAAAACGGAAGAAGAUUAAAACGGAUUGAAGUAGGAUUUUUGAAAACUGUUCCGCCUAACAGUUUUUCAAAGUUGAUCCCUGCUGCUUGCAACUUUAAAAAUAAGGCUCAGGAGACAUAUUUGUUUGUCUAGGAUCUCUGAUUUUGUCAUUUACAUGUAAUUUCUUUGCUUGCUUUAAGUUCCUUAGAAAUUGAGGGCGAGCAAUUGGCAAAAUUAAACAAAAUGAACUGGACUGCCGUGACACAGCCCCUUUAAUACCUAUUUGGUAGCACUAAGGCAUAUUAAAAUGGAACAGGCCUCAUUUCAGGUUGAAGUGCAUCGCCCAAAAACGUCUUUACUGUCUUAAUCUCCCUUUUGUUUUUCUAAGAUGGCGGAGCGGCUAAAACAAUGAAGUUUUUGAUAUUUUUUUAACUGAGCUGCUUUGUAGUUAGCUCUCACCUAAUAGAAGCAGCAGAAGUAGCAAAAAAACGGUUAAUUAAUAAAGAUUUGUUUCUUGUGGCAAAUUCACUUAGCUUAUCCUGCUAGUUUACUGGCACCCCAUUCAAACUGGACGCUAAUAAUACGCAUAGAACAUACUGAUAGAAAUAAAAACCCCAGCUGGCUGGCGGAAACCCAUUCGGCUUUUUACGAGCGCGGCCGAGGAUGAACUGGGGACGACCGAGAACAAAUCAGGCAAGAGGCCAGAGGGGGACUCGAACCCAGGAUCGCAUGAUUGCGAGUCCGACGCGUUGACCACUCCGCCACACUGCCUCCUAUUGUACAGUAGUAGCAGUAGACGUAGUGGUAGCAGUAAUGAACGGGCUCUUUCUAACUGCUGACUUUUUAAUGCAGAUGUGACUUGAGCUCGGAAACUUGCGUAGCUGGAGAUGUUCGCAUUCCGAUGCUGAUAAAGACAACCGCAGCUCGCCGGCAUCAAAAUACCCAAAAGCUGAACAACUUGGACGAGAAGAUUCGCUUUAUCCCCGGACCCCCUGUUCGAGGAAACCCUUAAAGAUCCUCAGAUGGACGGACUAUUGUUGAUGAGACAAACGGAACUGGACUACUCUUCUGCUACUCGUGUGCUUUUUCAACCUGUGGGUUAGAGAAUUCAGAUUUAGACUUCGUUAGGACACACCGCGCCAAUAAUUCUAGCGAAUUGUUGUCCAUUUACAAAGUUUUCGGUUCAUGGCUUUGUUUAUACGUAAGCUCCUUAAACGACUAUCGCAAA